AAUCCUAGUAUCAGCCGUUUUAURUAAAACAUAUAUAUGGUAAACUAUCGUCAGAACCAAUGUCGGGAAAUUCACUCUGAUUUCUGAAGCAAUUUCAUGUUUUCUUCCGUAAAUUUUGAGAUAAUAAUCUUUUCGGGCAUAUCACAGUCAUUAUAAGAUGUUUAUCACUGUUCGAUAUGGAGAUGGCGAACAAACGUUAUUUAAUCCACAAUGUAAAAUAUCUGCCUUACUCGAAGACAUUAAACGAAGAUGCAAAUGCACAAAAGAUGCUUUAGUUGACCUAUCAGACGAGAGUGGGAAUCUCAAAUUCUUAGUUGAUCAUCCACUAAGUUACGCUUCUGAAAUCUUGAAAGAAAGAGAGUCUUUCGUGYUGAUCAGAAUUGAAAAAAAAUCAGAAGACGAAGGCUCAUCUUAUACACCGCUAUUGAACGAUAUCUCUACGAUAACAGCUGCAUUUUUAGAACGUUUAUCGAAGUGCGAGAGCGAUGCCACAACUGCGAAGCAGUCAGCCGCUAAAACAACAUCACCAACCACCACGCCCAACAAGAAAGGCAACACCUUGAACAAGGCCAAAGCAGCCUUYAUGUCAAACCCUGCACGGUUAAAAAGCAGAGAUCGAUCCUUUUCGAACAAGAGUCCCACGUUAAAAAAGGCAAGCAGAUAACAAAGCUAGGGGAUGCCUUGGACAUCAUUUCAUCAUUGUCUUUGGUCGGAUUCCUAUUUUAUCAUCUUAUGUGUCGGUAGUCCUUCAAGCUCACGCGAAGCAAGGAAUAACUCCGAAAAAAGGGGUUGGAAGUUGUCAGACUUGAUAGACAAUUCUUUUGAUCAAACAUUCUCGCUCACGGCAUAAAAAAAGUCGCCAGUUAUACUAAGCGACAAUUUCACUUUUCUCGAUGAACUUUUCAACGACAAGGAUACUAGUAUUAUAAAAUACAAAUGUCAUUAAAAUCGGAAAAGAAAAUCAAAUCAAAUCAAAAUUUAAUUAAUCUUGAAAUAAAUGRACAAGAUAUUCAAAUAAAGAUAUAGGAAGAAUUGCUUGAGAGCCUGGUGCGAGUCAUUGUGUUUGGAGUCUGCCCUUGUUUGAGGGAUCGCCAAAGAUAUCCAUGUCCGAUUAAAUGUUAAAAAUUGCGAUCUCGUGCAUGGUGGUCCGAAACGUAUCCUGAUACCUUAAC